AUGUUAACUGAGGCGGAAAAUAAUGAAAAUAAUAAAAACCCACCAUCUUCAGCAGUUGAAGAAAUCAAGUUCACCGAGCGAAUGAGAAAGGCUACAAGGAAAGAACAUCGAAUUAGUGAUGCCUUAAUUAAUGCAAAAAUGACCAUUGGUAUGACCGAUAGCAAAGUAUGGGUAGAAGGAUUACGACGAUUUUAUGUUGUAUAUCAGUAUCUAGAGAUUGCAAUGAAAAAAGAAAAAAAUUAUAAUUUACAUAAAUUUGGCCAAAUUAAUGGAUUAUUUCGUACACAGCCAUUUGAAAGUAGCUUACGACAUUAUUUAGGAGAAAAAUGGCACUCUGGGACAACUAAAGCCAUGGCUGAAUACUCCAACUAUUUAUCAUGUUUAGAAAAUGAAAAUCAUGUAUUAUUGUCGCCAUUUAUAUAUCAUAUGUAUAUGGGAAUUUUGUCUGGUGGUCAAAUUCUGAUGGCUAAACAAAGGAUGGCUUUCUCAGAUGGAAAAGGAUCUGAAGCAUUUUACUUUGACAUUAAUGUAAGAGAGGCAAAGAAUCAAUUACGGAAUGAAAUGAACGCUUUGGCUGAAAAGCUGGAUGACGAAACCAAACUUAGAUUAUUAAAAGAAAGUAAAAUGGUGUAUUUAUUGAAUAAUAAAUUAGUUAAAGAAGUUAAAGUUCCUACAGAAAUUUUGUUAAUCAAGUUUAUAUUUGUUAUUGGAAUUUUUAUUUUAGUGAUCUUAUUAUGGAAAGUAUCAAAAAAGUUUCUUAUGGUUUUAUUCUAGUCAAUAAUAAAUAUAAAUACCAGUUAUAUAGCAGCUACUCAAAACUAAAUUUUUGAAAUUUAGCUUGACAAAUCAAUUUUAGUUAUAUUAAAUAACUCAACU